AUGGAGCUCUCCAACCCAGAGAGGAACCCAAACGCCCCGCUGCGGUUGCUGUCGCUGGAUGGAGGCGGUGUGCGUGGGCUAUCGUCACUGUUGGUCCUCGAGAGGCUGAUGGAGAAUAUUGCUCGGGAAGAGAAGAGGCUGGGACGAAGGGCAAUGAACAACCAUGAGCCGCUCAAGCCAUGUGACUAUUUCGACCUCAUUGGCGGUACAUCGACGGGCGGCAUCAUAGCCAUCAUGCUUUCGCGAUUGCGGCUCGACUGCAAGCAAUGCAUAGCCGUGUACAGCAAGCUGGCAGAGCAAAUCUUCAAGCACGACCGAUCAGUCAAGCCAUUCGGCAUUAAGAUACCCACAGGUGCCAGCCGAUUUUCUGGCGCUGUGCUGGCCAACGCCAUCAGGACGGCGCUCAAAGAUUUGGGCUUCGACCCAAACGAGCCCAUGUGGGACGAGGCGCUGUUCGAAGAGGUGGAAGAGGCAAACGACCUUCCAAAAGACAGUAUUUGGGCAGACUCCAUGCCCGAGUUGACGCUUACCGAGAGUCCGCUGGCGACAAUGAGGAACUCGAUGGCCUCGCUGGAAUCGGGACCGGCGCAGAGUACAGACAACCUGCUGCCUUCCUCUACACUUUACAGUGAGAGCCCAUUUCAUCCCAAGCCACUCACAAAGAAACCGACGUGGAAACUUCACAAGCGGCAAUCAGUCCACCGCAAAGCAAAUGCAAAGGGCUGCCGCGGCUUUGUGCUCACAUCACUCAAGAAUGCACUGGGACUUCCUAGGAUUCUAUCCACAUACGAUCCAAAUGACCGAACAACUCGCAUCUGGGAAGCACUGCGGGCGACGUCGGCAGCACCGACUUUUUUCGAGGAAAUGCAGUUUGGCACGCCCAAAGUCACCUACCUAGACGGCGGCGUAGGCUUCAACAACCCCUGUGCCGAAGUCGACUACGCAGCCAAAGCACUGUGGGAAAACCGGUCCAUUGGCGUCAUCGUCUCGGUGGGAACGGGCCUCCAAAGCAUUCCAAGUGUAAAGAAGAUGGCUUCAUGGCUACCGUUUGGUCUGGGAACCGACAUCUCAAUAGCCAGCGCAUUGACAGGCAUGGCGACCAGCACAGCGCGCGUCGACAACGAAAUGAAGCGCAUGUACAGCAACUCGGACACAAAGUACUUUCGCUUCGACGUGGACCGGGGCCUCGCCGACGUCAGCCUGGAGCAAUGGAUGAAGGAAGACGAAAUGGCCAGCCUGACUGAACUCUACAUGAACGACGGCCAGCAAAUCCGCGCCGCCCGCGACUUUGGCGAGCGCAUGGCCAAGCUCUCUGCACUCCCUCCUAAAUUCGAAAUCAGCGCCACCCAAUUCAGCGUCGGCAUGUCGGGCUCCCGUAGACUCGACGACUCGUUCAAACUCGUACAUGUCGACUUCAAAAGCGGCAUGCCUAUUGGCGCCGGUCUAUCACCCCCACCUCCUCCUCCUCCUCUCUCCUCCUCCAACAGCAACAGAGACUCUGCAGUCCAACUCCCGCCCCUCUCACACUACCGCAGCACAUCGCCCACAGGCGAAGGCGGCCUCGCGCUCGACGACACAGGGCGCCUCCGCAAAAUCUACCCCGUCGCCUCUGACCUGGACCACGACGGGCGCCGCGAAGAAGCCGCCGUAUACCACUGCAUCAAAGCGUCCAACAUCUGUCUGCGCGCGAUAAAAACCGGGAUUCCACAGGGCAAAUACAAAGUCUCGUUUCUCGUCUCCCUGCACCACGCCCAGCACACGGCCCCCACCGACGUCGUCUUCAGCGUCGGCAAACCCUUCGACGCAACCAACUUCGCGUCCCGCUUCGUCAACGUCAAAAUCACCCCGGACGUCGCGGCUGUGCUGCUGCAUCCCGAUGCCGUGCGUGUGCGUGUCGGCUCCAGGAGGUAUGCCGAGUAUCGCGGCAAGGGAUGGCUGGAGAUUGUAGGUGAUAUCGAGGUUAGUGUCGGACUGGAUGGCGCCUUGGGGUUCCUGGUUAAUAAGAGGUUCAAGAAGGAUUGCUGGGUGGAUGGCUGGAGCUUUGGCGGCGUGAGGCUCGAACCUGUGUUUGGGAAUGCGGGCGUCGUGGAUGGGAGUCCGAGGGUUGUGAGUGAGUUUGCUUGA